UUUUUGUCUUCUUCUGAUUAUUAUAUUUCAGAAAUUGCUUUGAUAUUUGCUGCUGAUAAUUUGCUCACUCAUAUUUAAUCUUCAAUUAUAUAGCAAUAUAAAUAUAUAAUUUUGUUGUCAAACUGAACUAAUUACAUUGCUGUGAAAUAAAACGAGUAGCUGUUGAUACUGCAUUUUAGGCGACGAGCUCGUGAUAACUAAAUGUUCUUUGUAAAUUUAUCCGCUCACUAUAAAACAUAUAUUUAUAAGCGUGUAUGUCGCACAUUUUUACUACCGUCUGUCUACGUAUGCAUUUAGUAUGUACUUAUGCAUAUAUUGUAAGCUUCAAAAUAAACAAAGUCCAACCGUUGAAAACAAAAGCAAUCGCGCUUCCAGCGCCUCAGUUAAGCACCAGCACUCAACGCGGUCGCCAGCAGAAGCAGCCGAAACGGAUGAAAUCUUUCAUUCUAGCACAAACAUAAAUCCACACGAAAUAUUUACGAAAUCGUGUAUCCAGAAAGAUGGGCAAACUAGUGUUGUAUGGCGUGGAACCAAGCCCACCAGUGCGCGCUGUUAAAUUGACCCUGGCAGCGUUGGGUCUACAAUACGAAUACAAAUUAGUCAAACUGCUUGAGGGUGAGCACAAAACUGCAGAAUUUAUGCAAAAGAAUCCGCAGCAUACAGUGCCAGUGCUGGAGGAUGAUGGUCAAUAUUUAUGGGACUCACAUGCGAUUAUGGCAUAUCUGGUACGUCGCUACGGUAAGGACGAUUCACUUUAUCCCAAAGAUUUCAUCAAGCGUGCCAUUGUCGAUCAGCGGCUACAUUUUGAAACGGGUGUUUUGUUUCAAGGCUGCUUACGUAACAUAGCUUUGCCUCUCUUCUAUGGAAAUGAUGUUGAAGUGCCACGCGCUAAAAUUGAUGCUAUUUACGAAGCUUACGACUUUCUGGAAGUCUUUCUAGCAGACCAACCCUACCUGUGCGGACAAACCAUCACUCUAGCCGACUUUAGUAACAUUUCGACCGUAUCCAGUUUCGCUGACUUGGCGCCCAUCGAUGCGACUAAGUACCCGAAAUUGAAAGCUUGGGUUGCCCGCAUGAGCCAGAUACCAAACUAUAAUCAAUCGAAUGGUUAUGGCGCACAAAUGCUGGUCGAUAUGUUUAAGGAGAAAAUCAAAAGGAUUGUAUGAAGGAUGUGGAGCAAAAGCUGUGGACUUACAAGUACAUGAAAUAAUUGUUAUCAAUUAAGUGAAAUAAAGUAAAAAUACUAAUAAGCGUAUGAAAA